AUGCCAUACAAGGCCAUUUUGGCGUCUUGCCUACUGCUUCUUAGAACUGCCUACGCAGUGCCUGCGGCCGUUCCUCCCAACGGUGUCGAUGAAGCUCGAUGGGGUCCUGGCGGACGAUGGAGUGACAGGCCUGGUUCUUGGAACCCCCGUGGAGGGCAAUAUGACUUGCCACUUGACUGGGAUCCUCUCGGUUUCGCUUCCAGAAUUGGUGUUGGAUCGCCCAGAUUCGACUACAAAGUCUUUGUCGACUGGACCUGGGUCAGCAACAUUGUGACUACGCCCAAGUGUUAUGGCCAGUGGAAUCCGAGUCUUUGUCUGCAUCCUCAGCAACCCUACUGGGAUCCUCGCAAUUCCACCACGUUCAAAAAUUUGACAAGCGAGUACGCUGAUCGCUCAUGGAGGCCCAACCACUUUUUCAUGCAAGACCCCAUGAGCAUCGAGUAUGGCUCAGAUUUGUUGCAUAUUGGGCCUGUUACUGGAGAAGCUGUCCUGCAGUUAACAGACCUCCAAUUCAACGUCUCGGCCAAAUACGGAACCCCAUUCCCUUUCACAGGUAUUUUCGGCAUGUCACCGGUCUUUCGUGGUGAUGACGUUGACUAUCAGUCCGCCUAUUAUCAGCAAUGGAUGAAUGGCCGCUGGAGAACGGCACAUACCGGGUUCGUAUACUGUCAUGAAGAAUCUCGCAAGCCUGUUUGCAACGGGCAUGAUGGUAUCCAGACCAUGGGCGGCAUCCGCCGCGAUCUCAUCAAGAACCAAAAGAUCUGGUGGUACGAUGUGAGGCUGUACCCCGAUGUCAACACCCUAGACUUUGUGUAUAACCCGCCCGUAUACAACUACUGGGGCAUCGAACUUGCAGGCCUCAAGAUUGGCACCGAAGUCCAGAAGAUUGAGCCUACAUCAAACAGCUCUGGCAAGGGUGCCAUUUUCGACCACGCCGCCUACGGUCGUGGCACUCCAUUGACUCCAAACGCCUACGCCAGACUGGCCCAGAUCACGGGUGGAAAGCCCGUGGAACUCAAGGAGCCUCCCAACAAUGGAGAGCAGAAAUUCUUCUCAGUCGACUGCUCCAAGCUCAAGUCGUUCCCCAGCAUCAAGUACAAGUUCACGGGCAGUAGCCGAGAAUGGGCCGUCACCCCCGAAAUGUAUGUCGAGAAGAUGAAGGACGGUUCUUGCGUGCUCAACGUCCGAACUCUUGCCAGUGGUGACAAGUUCAUCGGGAACUUUGGCGAGACGUUUGCUAAGGAGAAGUACAUUAUUCUUGACUUCGAGAAGAACCGGGUUGGCAUCGCAGAUAUGCAAUGGUAA